UUUGAAAUCGCAGAACGUCGCUUACCCUAUCGAUGAGCGUUCGCGUGCGUGCGUGCACUGUUAGCCCUACGAAGUGUUCCUACGACGACAACAUCACAGUUAGUGGAAGAAGUUAUAGGAAACUAUCGACAAAUAAAGAACGACAAAGAGUGACAUUUCCGUUCGGAGCAGUUGUUGUGAUUAGCGUAGAUUGGAGCGACCUGAGGCGAGCGGCAAAAAGGGUAGAAACUACCAUACGACGGCGUUGACAUGAGUAAUAAGCUUAAGCCGAACGACUAUCAGCCGAAGCCUGCCGGCAGGGGAAAGGCUAGCGGGGUAGUUCACUUCGACGAGGUUGAUCAACACUUGCUGGAGGAAGGGGACAAGAUACCAUUUGUCGAUUCCGAGGAUGAAGACGACAACGAUGAUGCUAGAGGAAACAGUAGUGGCAACGCGUCCGACAACGAAGACGACACCAUGACCGAAAGUCAGGAAAAUCUGGCGAUGGCCUAUAUCAAUCGGUACAGGGUGCCCUCGCUAGCGGAACGACGGAACCAGGAGAAGCUAACGGUUACGAUCGAGCAUGAGAGGAAACCUCAACCGAUCGGGCAUGACCUCAAUGAGGAAGCCAAGGAUGUGCCAAUGGAGCUUAAAACCGUCCAGGAAAGAGCCAUCGGGUUGCGGAGAAAUUCUAUUUCUCUACCAACUCUGGCGGUGGAGGAUUUGGACGCGCUGCGACAACCCAGGAUAGAAGAGGAAGAAAGUGCAGAGCCUUUGGCCGUGGGAAAACGAAGCAUCAGCACCGAGUCAACCGCCUCGCCGGAAACACCGAGCACUCCACAAAGCCUGAAGCCGAUGCUUCACUUCGACAGCGACACCGAAGAUGACCUUCCAAAGAGUCCUACUAGGAACCUCUUCCGUAGUAGACGUCGUGGAUCGAUUGCCCCGCUGCCGGCGCUGAGGCUCAACGAUAAGGAAAUGAUGGCGAACGACUUCGACACGCAGAGCGUGCUGAGCAAUCAGAACUCCAUCACCAGCGUCAACUCGCUGGCCAGUUUGCUCAAGGAGAAGAUGCAGAACGUUCCGGCCAUGAUCCGCAAGAAGAAACGUGAAACCAAAGACUACAAACUGCGCGUCUUUGUCGGCAUGCUGUUCCUUAUCAUCGUGUUUCUUGUCGGCUACGCGUACAUCAUGUACAACCAGAAGUUGCUGGCCAAAUCGUACUUCGAGAGCAUCAAGCUGCACACGAAGACACGAGCGAUGCGAAUUCUGGAUGCGAAGGGAUAUGACCUCCUGACGGGGAAGUUGGGAAUAGAUCUCAACAUCGAAAAGCCAUACAAGUGCUUGCCGGAAAAUCUGCGGAACGACGGGAGCCAUUGCUACGAGUGGAACUCGGUGGCAAGAUUGUACAUGAAUUUGGAGAAAGCAGAAUCGAACAGUGAAGUGAAGUGCUACAGCUUUAGUUGGGAAACGCUGGUGAAUAACUUCUAUCCAACGGAUUGUUUCGAUAUCGGGGAUGGCGUUUACUGGUACGGCGGAGGUCUUACCAAGGGCGUGGACUAUCUGCUGAACAAGGCUUCGUUUGAUUUUUCACCUUUUGUGACGGGUGAUACCAAUACCAAACAGUGGGGUAAUGCGGUUAAGAGGUUCUUUUUGAAUUCGAAAGGAAUCGCAAUUCUGGUGGACGACAAAACUCCUCUAUAUGUCAGUAUUAACAAGAAUGACAGCCAGCAAAUUUGUCUGCGAGGCAGGAAUGACGAUUUUGCGUUUGUGAAUAAGUUUACCAAUUACUCGGCAUUGAACUAUCGGGUAUGCACCGGUCCGGACAUAAUAAUUGCCCAUGACAAUCUCACUCGGAUGAGCUUGUGGGAUGGAUUGACAGAAAACGACAAUACCAUCAUCAAAUCUCUUCUUCGGGAACCGGUGUGGCACAUUCCAGCUUAUUCUCAGGAAGAGCUGACCGAAACUAUAAUCUACAACUACACGGAGCACGUGAUCGCUUCCGGAUAUCUACAUGUUGGUCAUGUCUUGAUCAAUGAAUUUUGGCAGAAACAUAUCGGCGAUUUCAUGUUUGACCCUGACCGUUUUCCCACGUUGGAAGAUACCGUAAAUAUACUGCACCGGCGUGGAUUCCGAAUCUCCCUUACAAUCCAACCUUUCAUCAGCACUGAAAGUGACAACUUCCUGGAAGCAGUUGCCAAGAAGUUUCUGAUUUACGAACGUAAUUCGGAACGUAGCAUUCCCGCUCUGACGCGCUACAAAAGCCUAGCUAGCGCUGGAGUUCUCGACAUCACCAAUAACGCAACCAUUCCCUGGUUAAAGGAUCAGCUGAAGAAAAUUACGGAAACCAUCGGCAUAGACUCGUUCUAUCUGGAUUUCGGUAAUGCCUACAACAUGCCGAGAUAUUAUCAAUGUUCGAAAACACUAGACAAUCCGGAUCAGUACAAAUCAUUCUUCAUGGAUCAGGUCAAGGGUAACCUGAAAGUUUUUGGAGUUUCAAGUGGUAUUUCAAUCCCACAUCCUCCGGCGUUUCUUAGCCUUCCGCCGGUGAACAGCUCUUGGAGUGGUCUGCAAACCAUCAUUCCAACUGUCCUCUCUUACGGAAUCAUUGGCUAUCCACUCAUAAUGCCAGGACCGAUCGGGGGCGAUUUUGUGCUGUCCUCAAAUUACACAAAAAUGCUUUCCUUCUAUCCAAUGAGAUCUCCUCCACUGCCGGAAAUGGAGCUGUACAUCCGCUGGCUGCAGAUGGCCACGUUCUUACCGGUGAUACGAUUCACGCAUCUUCCAUCGGAGUAUCGGAACGACUCGUUGACGGAAAUCGCCAAGGAGCUCUCGGUGAUUCGUCAGAAAACUGUGGUCCCUAUGUUGGAGCAAUUUACCAGCGACGCGUUGGAUACGGCGAAACCGAUUAUUCGGCCACUGUGGAUGAUGGAUUCCAGCGAUCCGAACUGCCUGUUCGUUGACGAUGAGUUCACGAUCGGAGAUGGAAUGAUUGUGGCGCCGAUCAUCUACCGGAGUGACACCAGUCGGGAAGUUUACCUCCCACAAGGCGUCUGGAAGGACGGAAUCGAUGGAUCUCUACGCAAGGGCAACCGAUGGAUUCACAACUACCACGUUCCGCUGAACAAGGUGGCAUACUUUGUGAAAAUGCCCGACAAUACGCGCUUCUAGGGUGGUGACCAUCCGUGGUCGGUGGCUGCGUAGUCUCAAAACGAACAUAUUCUCAACAGGAAUUUCUUCCAUCCGCUCACAACGAAGGAAGGCUUGUCGAAAGUUAACGAAAAAUCGUUUUUAAUUUAUCGUGUUUUAUGCAUGCGUGUCUGUGAGUUUGAGUGUGUGCCUGUGAAUGUAGCAAGCAAUCAUGCAAGUAUUAAAAGUAUGUUAAGUUUCGUUUAUACCGCUGCGAUUACUA